AUGGCUUCCGUCUACUUCGGAGCUGCUGGUGGCUCUGGUGCACCAGGAGCCCAAUCACAGUAUUUCGGUGUAGGUGGUGGUGGUGCUAAACCACCUGCCGGCGGUGGUGGAGGUGGAGCGCCUCCCCCAGCCGGACAAUCACAGUAUUUUGGUGUUGGAGGCGGUGGAGGAGGAGCAGCAGGACAGUCAGCAUACUUUGCCGUUAACCCAACCGCAGCCGGUACACCCCCUGUUGGUGGUGCUGCGCCUAGCGCGCCACCUCCUGCAGCAGGAGGUGCUUCAACCAUGACGGCAGUAGGCGCUCCCGCAGGUGGUCGGUCGACAAUGACUGCAGUUGGUGCUCCUGCUCCUGCUGGAGCAUCCACGAUGACCGCUGUAGGCGCUCCUGCAGGUGGUCGUUCGACAAUGACUGCUGUUGGGGCACCUGUCGGUGCAGGUCCAGGAUCUACGAUGACUGCGAUUGGAGCGCCAGCUGGCGGCGGCGCUCCAUCAACGAUGACAGCUGUGGGCGCUCCGGCAGGUGGCCGCUCUACAAUGACGGCUGUCGGUGCUCCUGUCGGCGGUGGCGCUGCGUCCACAAUGACCGCUGUCGGUGCUCCAAUGGGUGGCGGCGCUGCAUCUACAAUGACUGCUGUUGGUGCUCCAGCCGGCGGCGGUGCUCCAUCAACGAUGACGGCAGUAGGUGCUCCUGCAGGUGGACGCUCAACAAUGACCGCUGUCGGUGCUCCUGUCGGUGGCGGCGCUGCAUCGACAAUGACCGCUGUAGGUGCUCCUAUGGGUGGCGGCGCUGCAUCUACAAUGACUGCCGUUGGUGCACCAGCCGGCGGCGCUCCAUCAACAAUGACUGCAGUGGGCGCUCCAGCAGGUGGACGCUCAACAAUGACGGCUGUCGGUGCUCCUGUCGGUGGCGGCGCUGCAUCUACAAUGACUGCCGUUGGUGCCCCAGCCGGUGGCGCUCCAUCAACAAUGACGGCAGUAGGCGCUCCAGCAGGUGGACGCUCAACAAUGACGGCUGUCGGUGCUCCUAUGGGUGGCGCUGCAUCUACAAUGACUGCCGUUGGUGCUCCCGCUGGUGCUCCAGCUGGUGCUUCAACAAUGACCGCAGUAGGCGCUCCUGCAGGAGGCCGCUCAACGAUGACGGCUGUCGGUGCUCCUGUCGGUGGUGCUGCAUCCACAAUGACUGCCGUUGGAGCCCCGGCUGGUGCUCCAGCUGGUGCUUCAACAAUGACUGCUGUCGGUGCUCCAGCAGGGGGACGUUCAACAAUGACCGCCGUCGGUGCUCCUGCCGGAGGUCCUGGAUCUACAAUGACUGCAGUCGGUGCUCCCGCUGGUGCUCCAGCUGGUGCUUCAACAAUGACCGCAGUAGGCGCUCCAGCUCCAGGAGGACGCUCAACGAUGACAGCAGUAGGAGCGCCUGCAGGUGCUCCUGCUGCUCCUCCUCCCCCUGGCGCGCCACCUCCACCACCUGCUGGCGGUGGAGGAGUACCCGGACAGUCUGCAUACUUCGGAGUUGCUGGAAGCGGAGGAGGCGCCCAGUCAGCCUAUUUCGGCGUUGGUGGCAGCGGCGGGGGUGGCGGAGUUCCUGCUCCGAAAGCUCCAGCUUCCACUGCACCGGGCCAAUCAGCUUACUUUGGAGUCGGCGCUGGUGGUGCAGGUGCUCCUGGUGCUCAGUCGGCUUACUUCGCGCCCAAAUAA